AUGAAUAGUCAGGAAAAUGCCACAGUUUGGUCUGGGUUCAUCUUGCUAGGAUUUGUAGAGGCUCAUACAUUUUAUCCUUUAAUCUUUGCAGUCUUGCUAUGUCUCUACAUAUUCACCUUAAUAACAAAUAUGCUGAUUAUCCUCAUCAUAAAAUCUGAUUCUAUCUUUAACUCUCCAAUGUACUUUUUUCUUAUGCACUUGGCAUAUAUUGAAGCCUGCUAUGUGACAGUUAUCAUCCCCAAAUUAUUGGAGAACUUGUUGGUGGAGCCUACAGUCAUUUCCUUUAUUGGAUGUGCCAUGCAGAUGUUCUUCUUCCUGUUCUUUGGAGUUGCUGAAUGCUUCCUCCUGGCUGCAAUGUCAUUUGACCGGUAUAUUGCAAUAUGUCAUCCUUUGCACUACUCUGUUAUAAUGAACAGGAAUGUCUGUGUGAUGAUGGUGACUGGUCCAUAUAUAUGUGGGACUGUAGUUGGAUUGGUCCACACCACAGUCACUUUUUCUCGGUCAUUUUGUGGUGUGGUCAUCAAUCAUUUCUUCUGUGAAAUACAACCAUUGUUAGAACUACUCUGUGGAGAUACUUUUCUAAAUGAAGUCCAAGUAAUUGGAGUGGCUAUGCUAGCUGUCAUGGUACCAUUCCUGCUGAUCCUCCUAUCUUAUACUGGAAUUAUCUUCACUAUUGUUGGGAUGUCAUCCAGAGAGAACAAAUAUAAAGCCUUUUCUACAUGUUCCUCACAUUUAAUAGUUGUAAUUCUGUUCUAUGGCACAGUGUGUUCCACAUACUUAAAACCAAAGUCUAACUACUCUCCAGUAAUGGACAACAUAUUAUCAUUUUCUUAUACUGUAGUAACUCCACUGUUAAAUCCAAUCAUCUAUAGUAUAAGAAACAAAGAAAUCAAGGAAUCCUUGAGAAAGCUAUGGAGUAAGAGGAUUUUGCUCUAA